AACCCUGCCGAGCCCUGCCGAGCCCAGCCGAGCCGCGGCGCCGCUGCGGGCUGAGGGGAGAAGAUGGCGGCGCCGGGCGAGUACUUCAGCGUGGGCAGCCAAGUGUCCUGCCGCACCUGCCAGGAGCAGCGCCUGCAGGGCGAGGUCGUCGCCUUCGACUACCCCAGCAAGAUGCUGGCGCUCAAGUGCCCCUCCUCCAGUGGCAAGCCCAACCACGCAGACAUCCUGCUGGUGAACCUACAGUACGUGUCCGAGGUGGAAAUCAUCAACGACCGCACGGAAACGCCUCCGCCCUUAGCCUCCCUCAACGUCAGCAAGCUUGCCAACAAAGCGCGGACGGAGAAGGAGGAGAAGCUGAGCCAGGCCUACGCCAUCAGCGCCGGCGUCUCCCUGGAGGGGCAGCAGCUCUUCCAGACCAUCCACAAGACCAUUAAAGACUGUAAAUGGCAGGAGAAGAACAUAGUUGUGAUGGAAGAAGUUGUCAUUGCCCCUCCCUACCAGGUGGAAAACUGUAAAGGCAAAGAGGGGAGCGCCCUGAGCCACGUACGCAAAAUAGUGGAGAAGCACUUUCGGGACGUGGAGAGCCAGAAGGUGCUGCAGCAGCGCUCACAAGCACAGCAGACACAGAAGGAGACCUCCUCCCUCUCGUCCUGAGGCCACCGCCCCGCGCCGCGGUCCCCACCGCCCCCCGCGGCCUCACCACCUCUCAACAGCUGCCCUGCGUGGGGGGGGGGAGCAAAAAGAGCGGCGGGGGCGGUAGGGGGGGGGAGGGGCCCUGCGUUCGUUUCCUUUUAUUUUUUUGUUUUUUUUUUCCUUUUUUUGGGUGGGGGGAGGGGGGAGGGGGAGGGGGAAGGAAGCUCUCGGCCGAUCCCAAACCUUUAGACUUCCAAGCCCAGCGGAGGAGAAAAGAGAACAAGGUAAAGCUCUCACA